AUGGUCUCCAGGUCAGCUAUUGCGAUCGCGAGCGCCGUCUUCGCAGUUCAGUCUGCGACUGCCGCGCCGGCAAAGGGGGGCAAAUUCAUCGUCGGUGGACAGGCAGCCAAUGAGGGCGAAUUCCCUUUUAUCGUGACCGUUUUGCUCAACGGCACGCACUAUUGCGGUGGAACGUUGGUAAACGAGGAUACAGUUGUCACCGCCAGUCAUUGCACCAAAUCAGACGUUUCAGGAUACGAAAUCCGUGCGGGAUCACUUGCUUGGGCAUCUGGCGGCACAAAAGUCAAGGUGGCCUCUGCCGUCCGUCACCCUGGUUACAACAGCACCAAUUAUGACAAUGACGUUGCCGUCUGGAAGCUGGCAACCCCGAUUCCUGAAAGCUCAACGAUUCAAUACGCCAAGUUGCCUGCGCAAGGCUCUGACCCGGCGAGCGGCUCCAACGCAACCGUAGCUGGCUGGGGUCGCUUGACCGAAGGCGGAACGGUUCCUGCACGGUUGCAAAAGGUGACGGUUCCCGUGGUGGACCGUGGCACUUGCAAAGUUGCCUACAGCACACCCACGCCGUCAGAGGUCACAGAGAACAUGUUCUGCGCAGGCCUGGAGCAGGGCGGCCAGGAUGCUUGCCAGGGAGACAGCGGUGGCCCGAUUGUCGAUACUGCUACUGGAGCUUUGAUCGGAGUUGUUUCGUGGGGCGUGGGCUGCGCUCGACCAGACAAGUACGGUGUUUACACCAGAUUGGGCAACUAUGUCGACUUUGUCGAGAAGUACUUGUAG